GUUCCUCUUUAUUGGAGGUAACUAGUCAGCCGUUAAUACUUUCUACCGCUUAACCUCAUAAACGAUGCCUCAUAGGUUGUAUAUAUGUAUGUGUGUGAUGAUUCUUGAUUACUAAGAAUAUGUGCUUUCACUUUCGUUUUGUUUACGGUGAAGUCCCUUAGCUGAUUAUACACAGUCAUCCACUUAUAUCACUUCAUUUUGUAAACAGUCUCGGUACGAGAGGCAUACUAUCUCCUUUUUAAGUUGUGAAGGUUAUCUUUUGCGGUUCUAUAAAUAACCUGUGUAAAUCCCAAGUGUAAACAAGGCCUCAUAUCCUUUUCGUAUUUCAACAAACCAGAUCUAUGUUCGACUGUAGUUGAGGGAGAGCAACUGCAGCAUAUUGGUUCAAAAUGAAUUUUAACAAUACCACGACAUCGAUAACGCCCUUAGGACCUGCAUCACGUCUUCUCCUGGACAGUGUGGCUCUUUCCCUAUCUGGAGUAAGUAGUUGUCUAUCCAUCAUUGGGGCUACCAUUAUAUUUUUGACGUACAAUGUUGAUGUCCGUAACGCUCGGAUCAGACAAACUCGUCGCUUGUUGAUGUACCUAACUGUCGCCGACAUCAUGACUGCCUCAGGUAUCCUGAUAGGAACGGUAAGGUACGCCCUCAUUCAUCAGCAUUCACGGACUAUCUCUUUCGACGAACACGAACAUUUAUGUAAAUUUCCGGAUGAAAUCUGUGUAGCCCAAAGCAUGAUCACCACAUUCUCGGGAAUGGCGUCCUUCUUCUGGACGCUAGUAAUCGGCGCCCACCUCAUCGUUAGUCUUCGGCCUACUUGUGCAGUUGAAGAUCCUGAAAGACCUUGGAAUGAACUCAAGGCCCAUAUCAUAUGUUGGGGUCUUCCAGGGGCCAUCACGUUGGCUGCUCUGUCGAAAAAUAUGCUGGGGGAAAACUUCAGUAUCGGAACCGGCCCUUGGUGUUGGAUCAAGGUGUGUUUAGAAGACGCCGAUUUGCCAUAUAAAUGGAUGGCUAUCGCAGGGAAAGGAUGGGACAUGAUCAUCUACACCACAAGUAUGGUGACCUUUGUCCUACUCAUAUUCUACCUCCGUCGAAGGGGUUACACUAUAUCAGACUUACCACGAAGGACUGAGAAUCGUCUGAGGGAGGAGGAUGCUAAUUUUGUUUUCCUGUGGCUAUUGACGUAUGUUUUAAAGGUCUGGGGAACUGCCAGAUUCUUCAUAAGUGUGGUAAAGCAAAAGACCUAUUACGAACAACUUCCCACCUUCCAUGACGUUGAUAAGGUCCUCCUAUACAUGCAGAGUUUCUGUGACGGAUUGCAGGCUUUCUGCAACUGUAUUGUGUUUGUGUUCCUGGAUAGAACCAUGCGAAACGGGAUGAUCAGCCACUACAGAUGUACCAGGGAAGGACGUCGACCACUGCUACAAACCAAUCAGCCCACUUACGGGGCGGCCAAUCAAAAUUCCUCCAUUAACAGCCAUCCGAGGUAAUGACAUUAUGAGAGGCAAUGAUGAAACGAAAACACGAUACCGAUGAUAAAAGAUGAUACACAAUAUUAUUAUGAUUAUGCUGCAUUAAGUUUUAGCAUUAGUAUAGUUGUAGCAUUAUGAGUUGUGACGUUGCUGAGAUGGGGAAAAAGUAUUUCUUUUCUUUAUCUACAUAGUGAAAGAAGAACUCACAUAAUCUUCUGUUCUUCUUUACUUUUUCCCAAAUUGAUGUAUUAUGCGAAAGCCAUGUUGUUUUGUUUUAUUUUAAACCACGUUAUAACUAUCUCAGCAUUUAAAUCCUCGGAUACAGGGAUGAUAUAUCGAUGACGCAAUACAUGUCUAAGCAAUGGUUUCCUAUAAGUAAAAUGUACAAAUAAUCAAGGGAAGCCUGUUUACUACUUUAUACGACAAGUAUGAGCUAAAUCGCUUAAUAAUCAAAUUACUAUUUCAUUUCCACCUUAUACUUUUCAUUGAAAAAAAAGCAAUCACAUACAUUUAGAAUUAAUCUGAUUGUUUAUAAAAGAAAUAAGAAGAAAACUGUAUCCAAAUUAUGUCCAUCCUGUACCGAGAUACCUGGCAUACCGAAACAGGGUCAUCGCAACAGUAGCACAGGUUAGUGUAUGAGUGUUAUUUUUUAUUUUUAUUUUUUAAUUCUGUAUGUUAAGAAACAAAAGUCGAUAUCGCAUUCUCAGUUUAUCUCUUGUUUUUCUAAAGAAUUCAUAGCUUAAUAUAGGAAGUCAAUCAGGGUUCACUUUCAGAUGGUAACGAAGGACGGCCGUCGGUACUCAUAAUUCGUUUUUUUUAUUAUUAGACUUAGCAUUUAGUACAAUUUUAGCAUAUAAUCAACAAAACUAACAUUCCAACAUAGCUCUGUGAUAAAACUUCCUUAUGUACUAUCUUCUGAGUGAUGACGUCAAAAUAAUUUAAAUCCAGCAAAACUAACAUUACAACAUACUUUUAUCUGUUUUUGCGCUAUCAUGUUAUGAUUGAUGCCCCCCCCCCCCCCCCCCCCCCCCCCCUUUUUUUUCAAAUCAGCAAAACGUGCAUUCCAACCUAGUUCUACUUGUGUUUAAGUUCCCUUUAGUAUUAUGUAAUGAGUGAUGACGUCAUUUUCUUUUAAAUCAUGAAAACAUUCCAACAUAGUUCCCCUAUAUUGGUACUCAUGUAUUGAGUGAUGACGUUAUCUUGUUUCAUUGUUAAACUUUCAAAUUGACAGGUCAUCUCACAUAAUGAUUCUCCUUAAAUGAUAUGUUGAUUUGCUGUUAGAGAUGAUUUAAUUUAACAAUUGGCUUAUUGCAUUUAUGUUAACAGGCAAUACGUAACAAAAAAUAAUCUCAUAUACUGUAUUUUGAGUUGAUCUGUGUUAAAUUAGGCGAUUGAUUUAUAGGUAUAACUAUACAAGGAAGACGUUUGUUCAAAGCAACACAGUCAGUAUCGGUGCAUGACGCUAACGCGAUACAAACUUAUAAUUAAGAAAUUAUUACUGAUGACCUUAACAGGAUAAGUUUAAACUUAUUAGUAUGGAUAUCAACUACUCUUACCAAUACACAAGACAUUUCAGCCCACUCGGGAAACACCGUGGUUUUCUAGAUUGCUGGAAAACCCCGAGUAUACGUGUAUUUGAUUGGUGCAUAAUUUAUGAGUUUAGACCUUUUAUAUACUACAUAGAACUUCACAUAAUAUCUGUUUGAAGUGGAUUCAGCUUUAAUCAUACUACUUUUACUUAUCUCAUGAUUCAGUGGAUUUUGGUCCUGUCGGGAAGUUAUUGUCAAUUACUUCCUGUGAUGACAUGGGUACACCGACAUAACCUAUAACUUGAAUAUAGAAAGUCAAAAAUAUAUACACCUGUUAGUUGAUAUAAGUUAUGUUCAGCAGUAAUGUGUGAUAAUAUGCAUGCUUACAUAAUAUUGGAUUGAACAAUUUGGUAGUAUCAACUUACAAAAUACACAAUGAGAGUAAGAUACAGUAGAGUAAGAUACAAUAAAGUAAGAGACAGUAGAGAGUUAGAUACAGUACAGUAAGAAACAGUAGAGUUAGAUACAUUAAAGUAAGAGACAUUAGAGCCAAAAGGAAUCAGAUAUCAUCAUACAUGUACAAUGUACAGCUGUUCUGUCCUUCUUGGACACGUCAGUGAUGUUUAGGACAUCAAACCGCUGUUUUGUUCUUCAAGGACUUUCGGUGAUGCCAAGUGAUAUAUCUUAUAACCAUUAGCCUUUGAUCUGGUGUUAUUACGUCAUGCAUGACUACAAUUUACUGCAUAUAUAUUUUUACUGCAUGGAAGUGAUUUAACCUAGCCAAAUAAUUUUCCUUCACAGGAAAAUUUGUAUUGUUCAUGACAAUGAGUAUACCAUAUAGAGCAUAUUGUUCAAUAAUAUUUUUACCUGCAUAACAUACUUACAUUUGGUGGAUGUGACCUCAGGCGGUUGGCAUUAAAAAAAGUUGAUAUAGUAGAUAAAUGACUUUCAGAAAAGUAACAUCGAAUGAGAGCUACCUAUAAAGUAGUUAUGUAUUUAUUUAUUCAAUUUUGUUUGUUAAUUUGUUUUGUCUCGAUUCGUAUAAUUUUAUAUUGGUAUAUUUUUAAUAACCUUCCCCUCCCAGAACAUCUGGUUCAAUUAUCCUUUUACUUUUACUGGAGUCUCAACGUAAAUCGAUAUUGUUUAUAUUAUGCCUUUAUUCUAUCGAUUUUAAAAUGGUUUCAUUAUUAUGUUGGUUUAUUUGUUAUUUCUUUUAACUGUCUUUACCUCAGCCAGGAUAUAUCGAUAUAAAAAGUUUAUAAACAUAUUGGAAAUCUUUUAAUAUGACCUUUGUUGACUACAUACAAAGUUGUUAUCAUAGGUACUUUAUUUAAUUUGUCUCGUUUUGUUUAACUUCCUGCUGGUGUUCGAGUUCUUAAAUACUAAAUAAUAUAUAUGCUUUGUGUUCAUUACAAUGUCAUCCUGACAGGUCAUGGGACGAUAAACGCAUGAAACUAUCAUUUGAUUUACUGUUGUAAUAAUGGCUGGUUUACAUGAUCAUGUAGCGGGGGAUGUUAUCGUAUAUGUACUGAUAGGUUAAGCUGACAGGGUUAAGCUUAACGCUAACUAUAUGCCAUGCCUAUAUGUUGUGUCUGUACUAUGUGUACCUGUGUCCCCUUGACCUUUGCUAGUCCUCUGUUCACGUGUGCUGUCUCUGGUCGAUGUUUUUGUCGUGCAUUGUUCGUAGUCGCUUGCUUUUUCGUCAGUGUCUGUCGUGAUUGGUCCUUAUAGUUUUGUAUUGUUAAAAAGUGGGAUAAAAUCAGGGUGGUGUAUCGUAUACUGGGCAGUCUGAUGGAUUAGUUUCCUGUGUGCUGUCACGUCUUCCUCGCCAGUACUAAUGUAGCGUUAGGGUAUUUCGGGUCUUGGGUGGGUAGUAUUAGUCGGGAUGUCUGGGUUUAGUUAGGUCGUACAGGUAUGGGGGUUGGUUUUAGGUUAGGAUGUUAGAUAUAGCUAGGCCUAUGCUGGUGUGUGUUUAUAUGUAAUUUUAUGUUGUACAUGUUUAUAUCGUCAUUAAUAAAUGGUUAAUUGUA